UGUAUGAAAGAUCAACAUGUAAAUACUCGAUGACGGUUGUUGAAGCUAUGGAAGAAUCUAUUAAUGACGACGAUUUGUUGAUGGCUGAUACCACGAGUGUCGAAGACAUGGACAUUGCCCCUCCUCAUGCAUCCAGCCACGAUAAUAAUUACUCUAGCAUAGCGUCCUCCUCAAAUUCAGUACCAACAGACCGUAAUUGGUAUUUUUCUCAGGUCAAAGGCUCAGCAGAUCCACAAGUCACUGAUGCUGAUAUAAUAUCAACAGUAGAGUUCAAUCAAACGGGAGAGCUGCUUGCCACUGGUGACAAAGGUGGUAGAAUUGUAAUCUUUCACCAAGCCCCCGAAGUGCCUGCAAAGUACGGUGAAUAUGCAGUUUAUAGUACGUUUCAAAGCCACGAACCAGAAUUCGAUUACCUGAAGAGCUUAGAAAUAGAAGAGAAAAUCAACAAAAUCAAAUGGCUUCCACAACAGAAUUCCUCACAUUAUCUCCUCUCUACAAAUGAUAAAACUAUCAAACUGUGGAAAAUUCAGAGAAAGAACAGGAAGACGACGGGGUACAAUUUGAAAGACGAAGAAGGAAACCCUAAACCUUUUAAUUCUAAUUUAGUUGUUCCCUCAUACGAACAGACAGAACUAAUGAUAGAAGCUAGUCCUCGGAGGAUCUUCUCCAACGCACACACGUAUCACAUCAACUCAAUAUCCCUCAACAGCGACCACGAGACCUUCAUCAGUGCAGAUGACCUGCGCAUCAAUUUAUGGAACCUCUCUAUCACCGACCAGAGUUUCAACAUCGUCGACAUUAAGCCGGCUAACAUGGAGGAGCUGAGUGAGGUGAUAACAGCCGCAGAGUUCCACCCCCACCACUGCAAUAUAUUCGCCUACAGCAGCAGUCGCGGAAACGUCAAGCUGUGUGACAUGCGACAACAGGCCCUCUGCGACUCAUACGCCAAAUUGUUUGAGCAGCAGGAGGAUGACGCGGAGAGGAGCCAGAACUUUUUCAGUGAGAUCUGCUCCUCCCUCAGUGACGUCAGAUUCAGCCACAGUGGACGCUACAUGCUCACCAGGGACUACCUCACUGUCAAGGUGUGGGAUUUGAACAUGGAGAGUGGACCGAUUGCGUGCUACCAAGUGCACCCCUCUCUCAGGCACAAACUGUGCUGGCUGUACGAGAACGACUCCAUCUUCGACAAGUUCGAGUGCUCCUGGAGCCACGACGACAGGCACAUAAUAACUGGUUCUUAUCAAAACAGAUUCCGAAUAUUCAACUUAGAAAAUCAGACAGAUUACACGUUCGAAGCUAGCCGGGAAUUGUAUCCUACAACUAUGGGAAGGCAGAAACUCACACCACUGGACGACAUAGAAUCAGGUAAAUUCGACACUGUUAAGAAACAGAUUCACAGCGCCUGGCAUCCACAGCACGAUGUGAUAGCACUGGCUGCCAGUGACAAUCUCUACCUCUUCGCCGGCCUAGAACCGGAGCCAGCUCUGCCGGACGAACACUCGCGAGACGACACGACUCACAUCUCGAUCUCCGACAACUCGAUUGUCCGGUCGGAAACAGUGACCUCAAUAAACAGCACCAUGACCGAACACAAAUUUAGCCUGUACUCUGGUUCGCCUACGUCCAAUCACAGUGGUGACGGCGAUGGCGCUGCAAUUGCUGCGGUGCCUCAGGAGAACAACAACAGCAUUAUAGCAACUGAAGAUGGUUCCGGAGACCACCAGAUUUGAAAAGACGCCCACUUGUUUUGUCGGCGGUAGAGAUUUCGUGGGGAAAAAAUGAACGGAACAGGGAAGACGUGAUCAAUUUUACGUGUAGCUUCAAAAAUACAGGAAUAAAAGAAACGGAGUGAAGUAUGUCAUCAAAUGGAACUUGAAUCGUGGAAGCGAACAUUUUUUUGCUUAGAAUCUAUUUUUUUGGCUCUGAAAUUGAAAUCAAGCGAUUUAAAAUAUUGAACAGAGCUAAAAUAUUCCCUUGAUAAAAGAAAGGGAGUUUUUAUUAAUACUUCUCGCAGGGAAAAUUUUAGAUCACAGCCCAGACCAGGCAGCUGUAGCUGCUCUUUCUUUACCCGAAAGUGUUCUUAGGAAAUUGCCGAUAUUUGGAAGGCGGAAGACUUUAAGUAUAUUUUUAAAUUGCUACAGCAUUGGUACGUUUAUACUUAUACCAUCAUUUAGUCGUUUUCUUUCAGUUUUCAUUCAUUUUUCUAUUUCCAUCUUUCUUUUCGCCAUUUCACAAAAUUGUUAAUUCAAAUCAAAUUGAACGACGCUAAGUUAAUUCACCAUAAUAAUUCCAGAUCCCAAAACCCUCGUCAUGAUGCUUAUCAAACGUGUGCGUACUGUUCUACUUGUACUUGAAAAAUAAUGUUAGUCGAACAGCAGCUGUUACUAAAACUAGAAAAUAUGUUAAACACUCAGCCCACUCAUCGCCAAUAAUCUGCAGCGAAGGUGCUUUUACCUGUGAUUGCCAUUGUUGUUUUAAUUAUUCAGAAGAAACAAAUAAAUAUUUUUUUGCCAACUUGUUUGACCAAAUGGUAGUAGGUACAUGGUAUCAAUUUUAGCUAGAGGUGAAGUCAUGUCUUAUUCGGAUAAUCAUAGUUUCUGAUGCUAAUUGUUCGAUUUGUUUUUGCCGCAUUCUUGAAUGCUCCUCAGGCGAAACAUGCAGUAGAUUUUGCCACCCACACGAUGAGUAAUGAAUUCUCGUUUUAAUUUAUAGAACCUGCUUAACUUAUAUGAAGUUUGAUUCGAUUUAUCAUAUUUUCUUAUUACAGUAUUUUUAACAUUACUUUCUAGCCA